AUGAGUGAGGUCAAGCGGAGCAUUUCUGAGGUCCUGCCUUCUGGAGGGCCUCCCGACAAAAAGGCUCAUGCUAAACCAGGACGCAAACCUAUCGAUACCGAACCCAAGCUGAAGCGUACCGCUCAAAAUCGUGCUGCUCAAAGGGCUUAUCGAGAACGUAAGGAGAAGAAAAUGAAGGACUUGGAAGAAAAGGUCAAGUUGCUAGAGACAGAAAACGUGCGUGCCGCCACUGAAGGCGAUUUCUUAAGAGCUCAAAUUGAAGUUUUAAAGCUGGAGUUGGCUCGCUAUCGCGGCAACGCAGAUUUUAGUGAUUUGAAUCUUCCGACAUCCGUUGGUCGCUUGAGUCAUCCGCAAACUGGUGGCUAUGUCCCUCAUUUCCCAGAAGUAUCGCCAAUCCAUUUGAAGAAUUCCCAGACAUCCAUGUCACCACAGCGUAACGGUUCACUGAUAUCAUCACUGGCAAAAAGUGAUCAUUUAUCACUACUGGAAUCUCAACGGAAACUGCCAGAUUUUACUGCGGAAUAUUCAUGGCAACCAGAGAAGGACAAUGCCCUAGAAAAUCUCGAGACUGAUUUUUUCAAGAUGACACCUGCAAAUAACACUGCAAAUGCUUCUAGCAGCUUGAACUUGACCACAGAGAACUUAGAUGUUGCUGCUAAUUUCGAUGAACAAGUCAACACUUUCUGUACUAAACUUAAUGAAGCUUGUGGUACAAAGGAAUCCCCUUUGCCCAAAGACAAGCAGUUUGAAUAUUCAUCUCCGUUCUCCGCUUUGGUCACACCUCAAGAAGCUGAGGAGACUUCAACGGAAGCAUUUUUGGCCGUGCUGUCGGGUGACCCUCUCUCGUUUUUGAACGACGCGAAUUUUGAUAUGAAUCUUGCGUUCAAAGAUCCGGUUGCUCCUAUUCCCGAAUUUGAAAAACCGGUUCACGACGAAACUUUUGAUCUCUUGACUAAUCAGGAGCUGAUCUAUGAUCCCUUGGGCAGCGGAACAAUGGAGACGACACCAAACUCUCAAACUACUCCAAUUACAAUUGGUCUGGGGGCGACGCCCGGCUCUAAUAAGGAGGUGAAUAUCAAUUUCAGCUUUAAUGAGUUUGUCAAGUCUCUGAUCAGUGAGAAUUCCGCCGAUGAAGCUAUGGUGCCAGCUCUGCCAAAACGUAUGCAAUGCAGUGAAAUAUGGGAGCGUAUCACUCUGCAUCCCAAGUACUCAGAACUUGAUAUUGACGGUUUAUGUAGUGAGCUCAAGGCUAAAGCCAAGUGCUCAGAAAAAGGCGUCGUCGUCAAUCAAAAUGACGUGAACUAUUUUAUCGAACAGCUGGCAAUGAGACGGGGAUUAUGA